AUGGGGACGAAGAGCAACUUCAAUUCUACAUCCCAAUCUCAAAGAGAAAAUACAAAUAACAAAAACAACAACACCACAAAUGUUGUGUUGAAUGUAUACGAUCUCACCCCUCUCAAUAAUUACUUAUAUUGGUUGGGAUUUGGAAUUUUUCACUCAGGCAUUCAAGUACAUGGUAAGGAGUAUGGAUUUGGAGCUCAUGACUUCCCAUCAAGUGGAGUAUUUGAAGUGGAGCCAAGGAAGUGCCCUGGAUUUAUGUACAGAACUUCUGUCCCUUUGGGCCAAGUAAACAUGCAUCCUUCCGAGUUUCGGACAUUUAUCGAGAACAUGGCUAGUAGAUUGACCGGAAAACGCCUCCCUGGUUGGGUUAAUCGACUGGCUAGGAUAGGUUCCUUAUGUAGCUGUCUACUUCCAGAUAGUAUUCAAGUAACUACGGUUAAACAGCUACCUGAAUACCAUUCUGAAGAUGAAGUUACUGAUUCUCUAUCAACUGCCACGCCUGGUGAAUCAAUGGAAUUAGAUGCUGAACAGGCAAAAUGCCUUCUCUCACCUCUUGCUACCACAGAAGAUGUUGCUUUUGUUAAAGAGGCUCAAGUCAAAUGA